AUGGUUGACACCAAGGCCUCGAAGAAGCGCAAGGCAGUGACCCGCGAUGUUGAGGAGGAAGCGGGAGUGUUUUCUGGAGAUGAAUUGAAUGGAGGAGAUUUGGAUGGAGCGCUUUCUGAUAAUGCAAACGACUUGUCGAGUGACGAAGACAAUUCGGAAAUUGAAUUGAUUGAUGAUUUCAGUGAUGAUGAUGAUGAUGAAGAUGAGGAGGAAAUUGACAGUGACGAGAUUCCAUCUGAGGGAGAGGACAUGAAGAAUAAAAAGUCUAGCACUAAAAUUGCUGAGCGUGAUGGACCGACCACCGAGGACAAUGAAAGCUCCAGCGAGGAGGAGCAACCGAAUUUCCGCAUUGAAAAGGACGCCAAUGGAAAUGACCGUUAUCUCUACGAUGAGAUCAACCCCGAUGACAACUCGGAUUACUCUGAUGCUGACGAUAAUGCGAACACCAUUGGCAAUAUCCCGCUGUCUUUCUACGACCAGUAUCCUCACAUUGGCUACGACAUUAACGGAAAGAAGAUCAUGCGCCCUGCCAAGGGCGAGGCUCUCGACGCUUUGCUUGAUAGUAUUGAGAUCCCCAAGGGCUGGACUGGUCUUACGGAUCCUUCGACCGGAAAGCCCUUGGAGCUGAGCCAAGAUGAACUCGAAUUGUUGCGCAAGGUCCAGAUGAAUGAAAUUCCUGAAGAUGGCUACAACCAGUAUGAGCCAACCGUCGAAUGGUUCAGUAGUCAGCAGGAGAUUAUGCCUCUCAGCGCUGCUCCCGAACCAAAGCGUCGAUUCGUGCCCUCUAAGCACGAAGCCAAGCGGGUUAUGAAGAUCGUGAAGGCGAUUAGAGAAGGCCGUAUCCUUCCUUAUAAGCCACCAAAGGAGGGCGAUGAGGAAGAUAACGAUUUGAUCAACUAUGAUCUCUGGGCUGAUGAGGGAGAACAGCAUGAUCACCCUAUGCACGUUCCUGCUCCUAAACUUCCACCCCCCGGCUACGAGGAGAGUUACCACCCACCUGCCGAGUAUCUACCCGACAAGAGGGAACGGAAGGCCUGGGAAGAAGCAGACCCAGAGGACCGGGAGAGAGAAUAUCUCCCGAAUGACUUUGCCUCUCUCCGGAAGGUUCCUGGAUAUGAGAACUUUGUCAAGGAGAAGUUUGAGCGUUGCUUGGAUCUCUACCUUGCUCCUAGAGUUCGCAGGAGCAAAUUGAACAUUGAUCCCGAGAGCCUUCUCCCCAAGCUACCCAGCCCUGAAGAGCUGAAGCCGUUCCCAACCGCCUGUGCUGCGAUGUUCAGAGGACACAAGGGCCGUGUGCGUACCCUUUCCGUUGACCCCACCGGUCUUUGGCUCGCCACUGGAGGAGAUGAUGGAACCAUCCGAGUUUGGGAACUUCUCACGGGUCGCCAGCUGUGGAGUGCGAAGCUGAGUGAAGAGGACCCGGUCAAUGUGGUCCAAUGGAGACCUGGCAAGGAUGCUGUUAUUCUUGCCGCUGCCGCAGGUGACGAUCUUUUCCUUUCUGUACCUCCUAUUGUCGACCCAGAAAUUGAAAAGGCCAGUCUUGAGCUUCUUGAUGCAGGAUGGGGAUAUGCUGCCUCAAUUCCACCCCCAACUGGCGCGGAGGCAAACAAGAAGAACACGCCUCCUCAAUGGAUACGUCCGUCGUCUUCGCUCGCGGACUCUGGAGUGUGUGUCGUCAUUCCCCUCCGGUACGUGGCCAAGUCUAUUUCGUGGCAUCGUCGCGGUGACUACUUUGUUACUGUAUGCUCUGGUGCAUCUACUCCUGCUUCAGUGGCCAUUGCCAUCCACACCGUUUCCAAGCACUUGACCCAGUACCCCUUCCGCCGACGCAUCAAGGGUGGUGGACCUCCCCAGACAGCUCACUUCCACCCGUCGAAACCGAUCCUCUUUGUCGCAAACCAACGGACAGUUCGCGCGUAUGAUCUCUCUCGUCAACUUCUCGUCAAGAUCAUCCAACCUGGUGCUCGCUGGAUCUCCUCAUUCGAUAUUCACCCCACAUCCUCCACCGCUUCUGGCGGAGACAACCUCAUUGUUGGAUCUUACGACCGUCGCCUCUUGUGGCAUGAUCUUGAACUUUCCCAGCGCCCUUACAAGGUUUUGCGGUACCACCGCAAAGCUAUCCGUGCUGUUAAGUACCAUCCCAGUGGCCGUUAUCCCCUGUUCGCCGAUGCCAGUGACGAUGGCUCCAUCCAGGUCUUCCAUGGUAGUGUCACGGGUGACAUGCUCAGCAAUGCCACUAUCGUCCCUCUCAAGGUCCUCAAGGGCCACAAGAUCACAGGUGAACUCGGUGUGUUGGAUAUUGACUGGCACCCAAGAGAAGCAUGGUGUGUUAGUGCAGGUGCGGAUGGAACUUGUCGUUUGUGGAUGUAA